CCUGUCCACAUCGAAGGUACAACACUGGAAGGAGGCGGCCAAAUCCUCCGUCUAGCCAUUGGCCUCUCCGCACUCACUCGCAUACCUAUCCACAUCACCAACAUCCGGGGCAACAGAUAUCGAGGCGGCGGCCUCAAAGUCCAGCACAUGAAGGGUGUGGAGUGGCUGGCGCGAGCGGCAGAGGCCCAGGUCACUGGCCUUGCACUAAAGAGCAAGGAAUUACUUUUUGUGCCGAGGGCGAUGAGCAAACUGGCUUUGGACGCCAACGACGCCAACGGGCCGGUAUGGGAUGUUCGACAGACAACGCCGGGAGCUACCAAUCUCGUCUUCCAAGCUUUGCUGCCUUACGUCCUCUUUGCAAGAACCCCACAUGAGAGGAUUACGCUGAGGAUCACGGGCGGCACAAAUAUAUCGGCGUCACCGUCAUUUGAUUAUGUCGAGCAAGUUCUUCUGCCCGUGUUGGAGAAGAUUGGUGUGCCGAGGAUCAAGGCACGGUUGAAGGAGAGGGGAUGGGCGCAUGUGGGUGCUGGGACGAAAAUGGAGCUUGGAUGUGUGGAGUACGAGAUUACGCCUCUGAGGGGUACAUUGCCUGGGUUUCGACUUGCUGAGAGGGGCGAGGUAGUGCAUUUGACCGCUACUUUCCUUGCACCGAAGGCCUGCGAGAGUCAGUGUAGACAAGUUCUUGAGACGGUUGUGUGGAAGCAUCGAAAAAAGAUAUUUGAAGAGCGUGAGGUGGAAUGGGAGCAGGAUGUGGAAGUCAGGUUCGAAGAUUCCGGACACUCGAGACGCUACUAUCUCCUCCUCGUGGCGACGACUUCGACGGGAAUGAAGUUGGGGCGGGACUGGUUACAUGACGGUCGAGCUGUGAAGGCCGGACGGGAAGAGACGACUAUCAAGAUGAUGGUCGAGAAGGCGACAAAGGAGCUUAUAUCUGAGGUUGCGAAGGGUGGGUGCGUGGAUAAGUACUUGAGGGACCAGUUGGUCGUGUUUCAGGCGCUGGCAGAGGGGAGGAGUGAGGUUUUUGCCGGGGACGAGGGGUCUGGUAAAGGGGAGGAGGAUUUGCAUGCCAGGACUGCGCAGUGGGUGGCCAGUAGGGUGUUGGGGGUGGAUUUUGAUGAGGGGGGUGGGUGUGAUGGCGUUGGGUUUGUG